AGAAGAAUUCAAGAAGAGAAGGAAUUGAAGGUAAGUUCAUUGAUUUCAAUGAUUUUUUUUUUCAAAAAUUGGUUUUUAUUUUAAUUUUUUUUUCAAUAUUAACUACUCCGUAUUAAAUCUACUCUUUGCUUUUAGUUUAUAAAAAAUGUUUUUUUUAUGAGGAAACUUAUUCCUUUUAAUUAUCUAAUUUUUAUUUUAUAACUAUAAGUUUCUGAUGUGAAGGAUCCCUACUUUGGGCAAUCACAGAGCAUACUUCUCAUAGUUUUUAAAAAAUAUUUUAGUUUGUUUAUGAAGAAAAUUAAAAUAAAUAUACCUUCUGAGAAGAACAAGGAUUCUGGGAUUUUGAGCAAAUUCGUGCUGAUAACGUGUUAUAAAAUGAGAGAAAAACUACUCAGAGAUUAAGAUAAUAGAUAUAAUAUAUUUCUGAUUUCUUCUCUCUAUUAACUCUUCACUCUUCUCUUAUUCUUAAUUGUGAUUACAAUGCAGGGAUUAAGCCUCUAUUUAUAGUGGAGAGGCUUGGUAUGAAUACAAAUACAAGUGGGAAGUACUGUACAUAAUUGAUACUCAUCAAUGAUUAGCGUUUUGAAAAUGCUAUCCGACGUCUCAAACGCAAGCAGUAGCACGACAGAGAGAGAGACGCCGUCGCCCGCCUGCACGCUCCACUGCUGCUUCCUGCUAGUCACCGAGAGAGAGACGCCACUGCCCGCCAGACGCCACCUCGACGGAAAUUCUCUAGCCUCCAGGUCCCGGUGUCCAUGUACGGAGAGGGAGAAAGAUAGAGAAAGAGCUCAGGCUAGGAAUGGAUCCAAGAACAGCAAGAAUAAGGAUGAUGGCCUGACUCCUGAACAACGCCGUGAGAGGGAUGGAAAAGCUCUUCAAGAAAAGGCAGCAAAGAAAGCGGCACAAGCCGAGGCAGCGGGUGGGAGUAAGGAGAACAAGGGCACGGCCAAGAACAGUACUAAGAAGUAGUGAUAGUAACUUUAUAUAAAUACGUUCUUGUAAUCCUUCUUCUCCAUUUCUUUUGCAUCUUUCCAUGGACAUGGCCUCAUUACUAUGGCAUUGACUCUGAGUCAAUUGUGCAUUUGUUUCGUUUUUUUUUGUUCACAAUAGUUCAGAUGGGUUUUCGUAUAGAUUUAGGGUCUGUUUAUUGGCACCUUGUUUGAAUUUAAAGAAUCAAUUUUAGUCGGUUGA